AUGGCAGGCGACGACCACUACCUCACGCUUUCAUGCCCUGACAAGGCAGGAAUCGUUUACGCCGUGACGGGCCUACUGGCAAAGGAAAACCUCACGAUUCUGGAUCUGCAGCAAUUCUCCGACCCAGACUCCAAGACCUUCUUCAUGCGCGUGCACUUUGGCCAUGCCUCGGACGUCUCCGCGCUGCAAGCCAGCAUGGCGACGCUCGCCUCUGAAAUGAGCAUGACGUACCAAAUCCGGCGCGUAGACGCCAAACCCAAAGUCCUCAUCAUGGUCUCGAAAAUUGGGCACUGCCUCAACGACCUCUUGUUCCGCGUCAAGUCGGGCCAGCUCAAGGUCGACGUGCCGCUCAUUGUGUCGAACCACGGCGAAUUCGCAGAGUUGGCGAAGAACAACGGUAUCGAGUUUCACCAUCUGCCUGUUACAAAGGACACCAAAGAGCAGCAAGAGACGCAGAUUCUUGAUCUUAUCAAGCAGCACAAUAUCGAUCUUGUCGUGCUUGCGCGCUACAUGCAAGUUCUGUCACCCCGUCUAUGCACAGAGAUGUCUGGCAAGAUUAUCAAUAUUCAUCACUCGUUCUUGCCGUCGUUUAAGGGUGCAAAGCCCUACCACCAGGCUUACGAGCGUGGCGUCAAGAUUAUCGGGGCUACCGCGCAUUUCGUCACGGCGGAUCUGGACGAAGGACCUAUUAUCGAGCAGCGCGUUGCGAGGGUCGAUCAUGCAUUGAGUCCCAAGCAGCUUGUCGAGGAGGGCAGCAACGUCGAGAGCCAGGUGCUUGCUGCAGCGGUGAAAUGGUGGAGUGAGAAGCGUGUGUUUUUGAAUGGACAGAAGACUGUUGUGUUCAAUUAA